AUGCCUGAAGAAGAUGCCUACUCUGAUGACAUCGACUAUCUUGGUGAAGAGAAAGAUGCUCUUGAAGCCCUCCUCCCUAUCGCUACUAAGGUGUUCAAAGAGUGGAAUCUGAAUAUUAAUGAAUCAAAGACAGAGUUUGUACACGUCUACAUAGCUGGAAAAGAUGAGGUCAUGGAUGAUGGUAAACCCCUUAGAAUGAAUGAAGAAUGGUGCAGUAGCAAGUUGUUGGGUUCUCUGCUAGAAAGUAGGAAAGAUGUCACCAGAAGAAUCAUGUUAGCCAAUGUAGCAUUCCAGAACUUCAAGAAGGUCUGGUGCCAGAGUAAGAUCCCCCUACAGAAGAAGCUGAAGGUCUAUGAGGCCCAAGUAGUAUGGUCUAUCCUCAUGUAUAACUCUAGUUGCUGGGGAAUGCCUAAAUUGUACUGGGACAAACUAGAUGCAUGUCACCGUAACCACCUCAGAAAGAUCAUGAAUGUCAGCUGGCCACGCAGUAUGAUGUCCAAAGAUACCCUCUACAAACAGAGUAACUCUACCCCUAUGUCUGAGCGUGCUGAGUUAUCUAGGUGGAAGAUGCUAGGACACAUACUGAGGAGCGAUGAAAGAUCACCAGCUCAAGCUGCGCUGUGUUUUGCUGUCGAGAUGCUGGAGCAAAAAAAGGACCCCAAAAAUUUUUUCACACCGACUGAGCGCUAA